AUGGGACCUUAUGUUCAAGAAUCCGCUGGCACCGAUUCAGUCUCUAAGGCUAACCUCCAGUCUAAGAGGGCGGUGCUCAACCACGACCAGGUUCCAAAGCCCGUGGCGGACGACUUCAUGUACGACUUCAGGUACAACCACAGUCUCCCCACUACCGACAUCUUAGGCGUUGAGAUCCCCACCGACUGCGAUGCUCAAAAGGAGGCCGAGGGCAUCGUAUCCCGUCUCUCUACAGCCACAUCAAAGGGAGAUGCGCAAGCUUUCGCUGGGCUGUUCCUCGAUUAUGGCGUGUGGCGUGACAAGCUCUCAUUCACCUGGGACUUCCGCACAUUUAACUUCAGAGAGGCCAUCUUAAAGGCCGCUACCGACCUUUUGCCUCAAACCAAGGCUAGAAAUUUCGAAUUUCUCGAGCUUGCGCCUUCGGUGUCUCGCCCUUACCCUGACUUCUCUUAG